AUGGCAGCGAAUACUACUAACAUGACAACUGAUGAUAAGCCGGUCGAGCUUGAUCCUCGAUCAUACCAGAUUGAAAUAAUGGAACAAGCAAAAUUAAAGAAUCUUAUUGUUUGUCUUCCCACUGGUAGUGGUAAAACCUAUAUUGCGAUCAUGCUCAUCAAAGAAUUGACUUCGAAAGAAUCUCGUCGAUCUGUCAAAGAGGGAGGAAAACGAACAAUCAUUCUGGUGAAAACGGUCGAACUUGCUCGACAACAUUGUGCCACAAUAGAAAAACAGUUUAGCUCGAAAGUAGCUUGUUAUGCUGGUCCUUCUACGCACAACUUACAAGACCGAACUAAAUGGGAAAACGAUUUUGAAGAGAACCAAAUCUUAAUUUUCACAGCAAAGAAGUUUGUUGAUAUACUUGAACACAAUAUUUACUCAUUAAGUCAAGUAAAUCUGUUAAUUUUUGAUGAGUGUCAUCAUGCCAAUGGUAAUGAUCCUUAUGCUAGUAUAAUGCGGCAGUAUGAUUCGUGUUCGAGUUGUCCACGUAUACUUGGCUUGACCGCAUCGAUUAGCGGUCAGAAAAUUCAACCGAAAAAUCUACCAAGAGCAGCUGCUGAAUUGGAAAGAAUUUACCAUGCACAAAUCGAGACUGGAUCCGACCGCGAUGAAAUCAUUCGAAAUAGUACAUCAGUGAAAGACGAAUAUUGCCGGUGUGAUAAUUAUAGGACAAAAGUCGUUGACAAGCAACCGAAUGUGAAAUCUUUAUUUAAAGAGAUUGAAUCACUCUAUGAUGAACUGGACAAAUAUUUCCAUACGAGGAGAAACCCUCCCAAAUCGCAAAAUGAUUCGUUCAAAGAUGCAAAUCUGUCGAAUUCUAUUCUGUUUCAAUGUCGAACAUUGGAGCAGUUGAAAUCCCAUCUAGAUAAUAUUCGACAUAUCGGGUAUGAUCUUGGUCUUAAAGGCCUUUUCCUUGCAAUACAAGCAUUAGCAAAUCUUCUCGGAUCGAAGUUCAUGUGUAUACCAAUCAUUGAUGAAGCAGGAAAAGUUAUAUACAAAAAAAUCUAUGAAAAACUUGAUACUUUAAUUCGAACGGAUAUCGAAAGCUUUCCCAAUUACAAUAAAGUUUGUUACAGUGAAAAAGUUUUGGAAACAUACAAUUACAUAAAAAAUAACAAAGAUGGUCAAUGCAUUGUCUUCGUUGAACGAAUCUAUACAGCUAUUUUUUUAUCUCAAAUCUUGAAAGAACUCUACAAAGAUGAACCUGACAAAAUCAAACAUCUGACUGGUUCGCAAUCUUCUAUUGACAAAGACAAAUCUUUAACUAAAUACCAAUGUCAAGUGAUAACAGACUUUCGAAAGAAAGCCAUCACUGUUUUGGUAUCAACCGCUGUUAUCGAAGAGGGUUUGGAUGUUCCUGAGUGUAAUCUUAUCAUUCGAUUUAAUAAACCACCGAAUUUUUCAUCCUAUCUGCAAUCAAAAGGUCGGGCAAGAGCACAAACAGGAAACGCAUUAUUUAUCAUUAUGAGAGACGAAGGUGAUUACGAAACUUUUGCAAAAAACAGUGAAGAAUUCGAAAAUUAUACACAUAUGGAAAAAAUGCUGAAACAAAAUUUUCAAAGCGAACCUACCAUUGAUCGAUGGUCAUCUGAUGAUCAACUACCAUCAUAUAAAACGGAUAAAGUGAAAAUUUGUGCAAUGCGUGCUGUAGAAAUCAUCUAUUUAUAUUGCGCUACACUCGCUUCUGAUUCACCUCUAUCGCCUCAUUUCUGUUGUACUGCCACGGAAAAUAAGAAAUUUCGAUGUACCUUAUCAAUGCCAAAAAGUUGCUCGAUAACUGAGCCUGUUACUUGCGAACAAAAAACUAAGAAAGUCGCUAAACAAGAAUGUUGUUUGAAAAUGGUGGAGACACUUCAUAAAAACGGGAAACUUGACGACUAUUGUAUGCCUAUCCUUCGAAAGCGGUCCGCUGCAGUUAAACUAGGUGCCGAUGGUUCGAACCCACCCAAACCUGUCAUCAUAGAUAAACAGACUUCACAUUUAUUCCAUACAUACAAUGGCGUAUCAAAUCCUUGGUAUUUGUAUAGAAUCAAUAUUUCAAACAACAAUACUCUUGGUUUCGUUGUUCCUUGUAAACUAAAACAUUUAUCAUCAUUUGUACUUUACGGUCGUGAUAGUGAAUAUAUCGUAGAUAGUUUCGAUUUAAAAACCGUCGAUAUUCAUCUAUGUAGAAGUCAUUUGGAAAUGUUUUGUCAGUAUAUUUUCGAAGAAGUUUUUAAUAAGAUGAACAUACAAUCGGAAUCUGUAUUUAAAUUUGAUAUCGAAUCAUCUAAUUUCAAGCUUCUGCCAUGUCUACUAACCGAAUCGGACGAUAUUGAUUAUGACCGAAUGGCAUCGAUUUGUCAGAGAAAAGACAAACCCGUUCUAAAUCCAUCUGAACUCAAUGAACAGGAACUCUAUUACAUUUCAUAUAUAUCCGAAAGGCAAUAUUUUCAAUAUAUUUCGGAUCGAUCUCUGUUGAAACAACCAACUGAUCCUCGAAAAUUUAAAAAAUCAGAAGAAAAGGAGGAAAGUUAUGCGGAAUACUUCGAGAAGAAGGUAUUCGGUUUGAAAAUCAAUCGAAAUUUUCCUCUGGCUGCAAUGAUGGACUUUCGAAAGCCGAGAAUUAACUAUCUCAACAAAUUCGACGAAAAAAGAAUCAAAGAAUCACUCAAUGGACCUUCCCAUUUCGCCAUCGAAGUUCUGCGCUAUGCUCCAUUAAAUCGGGAAGAUUAUGACUUAAUCUAUAAACUACCAAGUGUUCUUGUUCGCUUAUCACAAUUACAGCACAUCGAGCAGCUUCGAUGCCUAUUGACUUUCUCUUCAUCAAGAAUACAAACUAUAUCCUAUGAUGCAUUGCCGAUAGAGUUUACUGAUUAUCUUGAGAAAGUAUUUCCACCGAAACGACCAACUGCUUUACCACUUACUUGUCUUCGGUAUGAUUCUCUCUUGAGAGAAAACUGUACAAAACAACCGUCACCCGAGCUGUUAUUUCAAGCAGUCACGCGCCGUUCAGCAGACGAAAAAACGGACAUGGAAAAUCUCGAAAUUUUAGGAGAUUGUUUUCUCAAACUGGCCGUGUCUUUAUCUCGUUUUCAUCGUGACCCAUCAGGCGAUGCUGGUGAUCUAACCGUGAAAAAGGAUUGGCUGGUAUCAAAUCAAAAUCUCUAUGAAUUAGCUAUGAAAAAAGGUUUGCAGCACUAUUUAAAUGCUGACAAACCGGUUUACAGUGGAAAGCAAGCCAAUUGGGUACCACCAGGAUACAAAGUCAACGAAGACGAUGCCGAAAGAUAUCUGCAAGCAAAAGUGAAACGAAAAGCGGUAGCUGAUAUGAUAGAAGCCAUGAUCGGUUGUUACUUGGUAUCGACAAACUAUGUGACGACCAUGAAAUUCAUGCAAUGGUUAGGCCUGGAUGUGCUUCCAUCGAGUGAUUCAGAUCAAAUGAACGAAAUACCGCCAAUUCUGCGUGUGAAGCCUACUGAUACAAUAUGUGACAUAAAAGAAGAAAUUGAUCGAUUCUUCUCUGAGAAGGAACUGGAUGAAAUUGAAAAAGAGAUCAACUACACGUUCAAAAAUAGAGCUUAUCUCAUUGCAGCAUUUACUCAUGCAUCGUACGUCCAUAACCGUUUGACACAAUGCUACGAUAGAUUGGAAUACUUAGGCGAUGCGGUACUAGACUUUUUAGUUAUCCGAUGUGUCUUUGUUGAACAUUACGCUGAAGUCACACCAAGCCGGGUAACGAAUCUUCGACAAGAUUUAUCUAAUAAUGGUCGACUGGCAUCGAUUGUUCACUCUCACAAUCUUCACAAAAAGAUCUCGUAUCUGUCUUCGCACCUCUUCAAUGCUAUAAAUGUGUUUGAUAGCGUUGUGAAAGAACGUGCAGAGAACCAUUCGACCGAGGAGGAGGAUGAUAAUCAAUGGGCAGAUUCCACAGCUCCCAAACCGCUUGCUGACGUGUUCGAAGCUAUGGUUGGAGCAAUCUUUCUUGAUUGUGGAUAUUCGCUAGAAAUCGUUUGGAGAGUUAUCGAACCUCUCCUCCGACACUUUAUCGAUCAAUCUAUUAAGCAUACAAAUCUGAAUCCAGUACGAGAAUUCUUUGAAAAACGUGGAAAACGUCUUCGGGAAGAACAUGAUGAUGAGGGGAACUUCGUUUUUGUUGGACAAAUACCCGACGGAACUGAGACCAAUGUGUUGUUUGCAAAUCUACGUGUGUCUACGGCUCCUUGGUAUCUUUACCGGAUCUAUAUUCGCUCGAAGACAAAAGAUAAUAGUGAACUAGGUUUUAUUGUUCCUUUGAAAUUAAUCGAAUUACCGAAAUUUAUCGAUGACCAAUCGAUGAUUAAAGUUAUAUUUCAAAAAGAGAUUCGUUAUUUAGAGAAUCGUCACCUAUUCGAGCGAUUCUGCCGACAUAUUUUCGAAAAUGUCUUUGAUUUUACCAUGUUCGAAUUCAAUAUCAACGCUUCAACUUUCAAAUUAUUACCCUGCUUAUUGACAGGUGCUAAUGAAGUGGACUUUGAUCGCAUGUCAACGAUUUGUGAGCGUUAUAAAAAGUCUCUGAAAUAUCCAUCCGAUUUGUGCGAUACUGAGUUAUAUAGUGUAUCAUGUUCUCCAAUUAAACUGCACUAUAUGUAUAAAAAAGAUCCAUGUUCAAAAAAACGAGCAACAGAUCACAGGAGUGGCACUGAAACUUAUGCUGAUUACUAUGAAAAACUUCUUCCUAAUGUUCGUAUUCAGCGAGAUUCUCUCUUAUGUUCAAUGAAAGUCAUUAACAAAAUGAAACUCUCAUUGAACGUACGACAAUACGAAAUUCUUUCUUCAGAUCAAACCAUUUAUUAUUAUCCAAUCGAAGUUUUAUCUUAUGCUCCAUUGAACAAACAAGAUUUCGAAUUGAUAUUGAUGUUGCCCAGUAUUCUUAAUCGAAUAGUGCAGCUGUACCAUCUUCAACGAUUGAGAAGUAUGUUAGCAGUCAAUCUCAGUUGUUAUCCAUUAAUGAAAGUAACGGAAGUGACUUUUAAGGAUUGUUUGACAGAAUAUCAUCAAAUGGUAAGAUAA